AUGGCAAACGACCCAGCCGGCGAUCAAUUCGCCAUCCUCCCCAUCCAGAUGCCGCCCGUGCAGUCCUUCAAACACACGGCUGUCCACGAAGUGCGAGUACGAAGGAACGCUCCCAAGAUCCCGACGCCCAACGAUUCGCGCAGCCUGUUCCUGAAGAACAUUCCCGCAGACAGCACAGAGCCCCAUUUCCGGGCCGUCUUCACCUCUCUCGUGGGCGCUGGACGAUUCGAGUCAAUCACAUUCGAGCGCGACGAAAAGGCUGCGCUUGCCAUCGACCCUGCCAGAGCAAUCAAGGCUGCUGGGUUUGCGCGCAAGCGAAAGAGGUCUGACGUGGAGGAUGAGGAAAAGGCCGAGGAGGAAGCUGCGCGGCUACCCGAGAUCUGGACGCGCCAGCUGCACCGAAGCAGCAGCACGGCGAUUGUCCUGCUCGCCGACGAGAAGAGCGUGCAGCUCGUCCUCAAGGCGAUUGCCAAGCUAAAAAAGACCAUGAAGUAUCCCAUAUGGGGCGAACAUCUGGUGGGCGACGUCCCGCCACUGGGUGCACCUUGGAUAUCCUCCCAUCUGCGCCUGAGCCGCGCCGACAAGGCCGAGGUGCAAAAGGCGACUCACGCAUUCUUCAAUGUGUUCAACAGGAAGGAGAAGGAGGCUGCGGAGCUUAGCAAGCGGCUGCGCAACGAGCCUGAUGAGGACGGCUUCGUCACUGUCACUCGUGGCGGAAAGGCCGCUCCUGCGAACCAGUACGAGGCCGAGGAGGCCAGGCGGAAGAUGAUUGAGAAGGCGGCCAAGAAGAAGUCGGAGAUGACGGACUUUUACCGGUUCCAGCUGCGAGAACGACGGAAGCAGGAGCAGGCGCAGCUGCUGAAGCGCUUCGAGGAGGACAAGAAGAAGGUCAGCGCCAUGCGGGAAAAGAGGGGCAAAUUCAAGCCUGAGACAUGA